UCCUGCCGCACAGCCCAUUGGUAUUUUUGUGUGAUUGUGCUGUUGUAAUCAUGAUGAUUAUUUCAACGUCCAGAAUGUGCGUUUGUCUUCCUCAGUUUCCCGUUUUAUUUGGGUAUUACCCUUACUUCAUGUUUCUCUCACUUCCCGUUCAUUCACCCCCCUUUUCUUUUAUAAAAGAGUGUUAUUCUGAAAUAAAUUUUCAUAAGCAGCUUCAAAGGUAGUACAGAGAGGCUCCCAUCCCCUUCACCCAGGUUUCCCCAAUGGCUACAUCUUACCAACUACAGCGCAGCAUCAAAUACAGGAAAUGGAGAUUGGUGUGAUGUGUGGAUUGCUCUAUACCAUUUUACUUCGUGUGGAGAGAGAUUUGUUUAACCAACUCAACCAUCAAGGUACGGAAUUCUUCCAUCUCUACAUGGAUGUCCCUGUGCUACACCUUUACAGUCGCACCUUCACCCUCCCUGCCUUUCCCAAUCUCAGACAACUACUAACCUGUUCUUCCUUUCUAUAAUUUUACCAUUUUGAGAAGAUAAUGUAAAAAUAGAGUUCUGAACUUUGAGAUGGGCUUUUUUCAACUCAGUGUAAUGACCUUGAGACCCAUUCAGGCUUGUAUCUGUAUCAUAUUUUUUCCUCUUUCUGACGGAAUAGUAUUCCCUGGUAUGGACAUUCCAGAUUGUUUAACCAUUUACGUAUGGUAGGAAUUUGCGUUGUUCCAGAUUUCUGGCCAUUAUGAAUAGAGCUUGUGUCAACAAAAUUUACAGGCUUUUGUGUGGGCAUAAAUUUUCUUUUCUUUGGGAUAAAUGCUCAUGUGUGUCCUUUUCAUCCCUAAAUUAUUGUUUUUCUUUUCCAGCUCCUAUUACUACUUAAUUGGUUACAACACUUACUCAAUAUUUAAGAACUAGUUUAUUCUUUGAUGAACUAACAAAUUUGAUGGACUUUGAUGAGAUUAAUGGGUACAUACACCAAUGGCUGGAGGAAUGUAGCUGUUUGUAAGGUGUCACCAAGGAGAUCCUGUGGAAGAUUUUAAUCCCUGGUCAAAGCCAUCCUCCCAGGUAUGAGCUUGCCCUCCUUUUUGGAAUCACAAGUCUGUCUUUUACACACCACAACUGACUGUUUAUCUAGAGUCUAAAGGAACCGGCAAAGAAGUUACAUUUCUAAUACCCUGAACCUACAGUUAGGGUAGAUAAGGUAUUUGCCUGAGUUCAUAAAAAUUCACAUAAUGCUUCUUGUCUAGAAGAUGUUUCUUAAAGGAUACUCUGUGCAAUGUAGGAAUUUUAAAGAAUGGGAUCUGGCACAGUUAGAGGACUUGCUUUAGAAGGUCACCAAAGGUCACAUCGCGGUCUAAACUUCUGUGAUUUUCUUCAAAAAUCUUGUGAUCGGGAAUAAACUCAAGUGCUGAGAGAGGUUCAGUGUUUAGUAUCACACAGAUAGCAAAUACUGAGGAUGGCCAUUUGGAGGUAGAAGUCAAGAGUGUGAUCUCUCAGUCUAUCUACCCUAUGAACUUGAAAAAUGGUGGGAGUUAAAUUCAGUUUUUUACAUUGAUUUGUUUAUUUUGAGAGAGAGGGUGCACGCCCGAGAGUGAGGGAGGGGCCAAGAGAGAGGCGAGGGAGGGAGUCCCAGGAGGGUCCAUGCUGUCAGCUUGGAGCCUGACUAGGUGCUCAAAUCCAAGCACCAUGAAAUCAUGACCUGAGCCAAAAUUAAGAGUCAGACACUUAGCCAACUACUUAGUCAACUACUUAGCCAACGACUUAGCCAACUCCCAGCUACCCAGGUGCCCCAAAGAAGUUAAAUUCAUUUUUAAAAACAAUUUAAUUAUAAAUUAAUUGUAAUGAAAAAUCUUUCUCUCAUUACAGACUAAAUCAGAGAAAUGGAAUUUAGAAAUCAAACUUUGGUGACUGAGUUUUUAUUUGUGGGCUUAACAAAUUGCUUCCAGCACCAGGUUGUUCUGUUUGUGGUGUUUCUCUUGGUUUAUCUGGUCACUCUUCUGGGAAAUGUGGGGAUGAUCACCCUCAUUGGGAUGGAUUCCAGGCUCCACACUCCCAUGUACUUUUUUCUCAGCCACUUGUCCUUUGUGGAUGUCUGCUCCUCUUCUGUCAUUGGUCCCAGGAUGUUGACAGACAUCUUUGUGAAAAAAAAAGUAAUCUCUUUCUUGGGUUGUGCUGCCCAGUUAUGGUUUUUUGGUCAGUUGGUAGUGACAGAGUGUUUCCUGUUGGCCUCCAUGGCUUAUGACAGGUAUAUGGCCAUCUGUAAGCCCUUGUUGUAUACACUCAUUAUGUCCCGGCGAAUCUGUGUGCGGCUGGUGGUAGGGCCUUAUACCCUGGGUCUUAUGAGCGCCAUGACCCACACGACGUUCGCCUUUCGCCUGCCUUACUGUGGUCCAAAUACCAUCAAUCACUUCUUCUGUGACCUUCGUCCUGUUCUCUCCCUGGCAUGUGCAGACACCCAGGUCAAUCAGGUUUUACUUUCCAUCUUGGCUGGAGCUCUGGGAGUGCUCAGUGGUGUGAUCAUCCUGGUUUCCUACAUUUACAUCGUGGUCACUGUCUUGAGGAUCCGCUCUGCUGAGGGGAGGCGCAAAGCCUUCUCCACCUGCUCUUCACACCUGACUGCCGUCUCCAUCCUGUGUGGGACCCUCUUCUUUAUCUACGUACGCCCCAGUUCUAGUUUCUCCCUGGACAUCAAUAAAGUGGUUUCUGUGUUCUACACAGCCGUGAUCCCCAUGUUGAACCCCCUUAUCUACAGCCUGAGAAACAAAGAGGUCAAGGAUUCAUUCAGGAGGACGUGUGAGAAGAAGAAUCUUCUUCUGAGUAGGUAAACUACAUGCCAUUUGUACUACAGAUUGAGAGGUGAUAUAGACACAAGAUGCAGGAGCAUGGGCUGGGUGAUGGGAGUCCUACUUUUGUGUUGAGAUUCACUUUUUAUUACUGUGUGUCAUUGAGAAGUGAUAUAUCUUCAGAUUACAAUUUUCUCACUUGUUAUUGAACAGAAAUGAGUUUUAAAAUGUUAAACUGAAGUACAUGGAUUAUUGAACCCCAAUGCUUUAAGAAUACGUUCCGUGUUGGGGCGCCUGGGUGGCCUGGUCGGUUCAGCCUCCAACUCUUGGUUUUGGCUCAGGUCAUGAUCUCAGGGUUUGUGUUCAAGCCCUACAUCAGGCUCUGCACUGGUAGUGCUGAGCCUGUUUGGGAUUCUUUCUCUCUCCCUCACUUUCUGUCCUUCCCAUGCCUUCUUUCUCUUUCCUCUGUCAUAAUAAAUAAAAUAAAAAAUAUUCUCAGUGUUUGUGACUAGGGUAUGAGAGGCUCUUUGCUAAGUCCUGUUAAAUUAUGAUUAUGUUAGAAUCAUAAUCAGUGACUUGACGCUACUUCUGUUUAGCUCACAAGGUGCUGAGAUCCCUCAAUUUUCUGGAAGCUUAGCCUUGACUCUUUAAACAAAAGCCAAUAACAAGUAUAUUAUGGUUAAAUAUAGAAACUUCUACUUGCAAGGUAAAUAUGUCUUGGGAAUGUAAUAUAAACAUGGUGACUAUAGUUAACAAUAGUGUACAUUUGUUUGUUGUUAAAAGAGCAGAUCUUAAAAGUUCUCUUCACAAGAAAAAAAUUAAUAACUACAUAAAGUUAUUUAUGUUAACUAAACUUAUUGUGGUUAUCAUUUUGCAAUAUAUAUGUAUAUCAAACAAUUAUGUUGUACACCUGGGACUAAUACAAUGUGAUAUGUCAACUAUGUAUCAACAAAAUGAGAAAAAGUUAAUUAUUCAGGAAGUAUGUGGCCAUAGCACUCUCUAAUAGCACCUUCCCGUUUGGAGUAGAUAAUUUGCAAAGGGCCUUUUACAUUCCUGAUCCUCUCUACUUAUAUAAUACCUUGCUGAGAUUUUGUCACUGUAUUUACACUUAUGCAUGUAAAAUUCAGAAUGCAUUGCAAGUCUUUAAUAAAGUGUUGGCUAUGCUCUA